AUGGCCGAGCCCAGCGAGCCGAAUGUGGAGAUUGACCCGGACUUCGAGCCCCAAAAACGGCCACGCUCGUGCACUUGGCCGUUGCCCCGUCCGGAGCUCGGCGCGGCGGGCAAACCAGGGGCGAACGACGCUGAUGUCAUCCCCGAGGAAGAGGAUGAUGACGAGGAGGGAGGAGCCGGAGGAGGCGUCGGUGCUCUCCGGGAGGCCAACGGGGCUCUCGCGCCGAGUGCGCUCGCUCCCUCUGGCCUCCGCCUGACCGCGCCGCCCCGCAGCGAGGAGCCCGCGGAUGGUUCGCCGUCCUCAGCUCAACUGACGCCAAUCGCCGCUGCCUCCUCACAGCAGCUGCGGAAGUCGUCGGCCCGCCGGAACGCCUGGGGCAACUACUCGUACGCGGACCUCAUCACGCAGGCCAUCGAGUCGUCUCCCGAGAAGAGGCUCACCUUGUCUCAAAUCUACGACUGGAUGGUCCGCUCUGUGCCCUACUUCAAGGACAAGGGAGACAGCAACAGCUCAGCUGGAUGGAAGAAUUCCAUCCGGCACAAUCUGUCCUUGCAUAGCCGCUUUGUGAAGGUCCAGAAUGAAGGGACUGGGAAGAGCUCGUGGUGGAUGGUCAACCCUGACGGUGGCAAAGGCGGCAAGGCGCCACGUCGGCGUGCCGUCUCCAUGGACAACAGCAAGUACAUGAAAGGCGCCCGGGGCCGGGCCACCAAGAAGAAAGCCUCGCUGCAAGCUGCCCAAGACAGUGGGUCCGAGAGCACAUCAGGCCUCUCCAAGUGGACGGGCAGCCCCACGUCACGCAGCAGUGACGAGCUAGACGCUUGGACCGACUUCCGCUCGCGGACCAAUUCCAACGCUAGCACGCUGAGCGGCCGCUUGUCGCCCAUCCUGGCCAACCUUGAACCGGACGAGGCGCCUGACGAUGACUCACCGCUGUCCCCCAUGCUGUUCUCCAGCCCUAGCAGUGCGUCGCCGUCCACGGGACCCGCCAACCUAAACGACGGACUGAUGGACGACCUGCUGGACAACAUCAGCCUGACGGCGUCCCGUCAGGUUCCUCCCGACGAGGGUGAGGACGAUGACCCGGGAGGCUCCGUCUUCACCUUUAGCAGCCCGGUCGGGAGCUACGUGCCUGCCCCGCUUUUCAGCCCGCCGUCCAUAACCGGCCUGCGUCAGUCGCCCAUGCAGACCAUCCAAGAGAACAAGCAGACUAGCUUCUCUUGCGCGGCACACCUGACACUUCAGGACCUCCUGAGCCUGGACUCUGGUAAUGUCCUGCUCACCCAGUCUGACCCACUCAUGUCGCAGGCCAGCACCGCCGUGUCCAUGCAGAACUCUCGCCGCAAUGUGCUGCUUCUGCGGAAAGACCAUGCCUCCUCUGCCGUUCAGCCACAAAUUCCAUCCGGAAAUGGCCUCAGGUCUCCCGGCAAGAGCUCCCCGGCCUCGCCCGGCCGGGACCACUUCCCCACCACCACCGCCGACCUGGACCUGGAGGUGUUCAACGGUGCCCUGGAGUCCGACAUGGACUCCAUCAUCCGCAAUGAGCUGAUGGAAGCUGACUGCCUGGACCUCAGCUUCGACGUCGCCCACAACGCGAACGUCAAACCGGGGGGCUUCAAGCAGACGUCGAGCUGGGUCCAGAGCUGA